UCCGGCUGCGACCCCUCCUCCAGCGCCGCACCCUGGCCUCCCCUGGAGGAAGCGCCCCCUGAACUUGGGAGCGCGGGGAGCAGGGCGCCGGCCCCCCGCAGGUGACUCCCCCGCGCGUCCGUGCACACCCCUGCCCUGCCCCGCGGCCGGGGGACCCCGCUCUCUCCAGGCUUGGCCCAGGGGCCGGUGAAACCAGGCGCCCCCGCUGCAAACGCGCCAGCACCUCGGCAGGACCAGCUCGGGCUUCUGGAGCUUGUCGGGCUUUGUUUCCUCCGGGGCUGUGAGAUGAGCCAUCACCCGGCCUUCCCCCGGGAGCUCUCGGGAAACCCAGCCGGUGUCUCCACGCCAGCUGGGCAUCAGCACAGGGAAGGCCACCGAGCGGCACGGCCCCCGGGCAGGACGCCACGCUCGGCACCCACUGCCCUUGCUCCCGAGCACAGGAAGGCGUGUCCAUGUCAAGCCAGUGACACCCAGGUCACCCUUCCCACUCUUCUGAGCCAGGAGAAUCCGUGGCCAAGAGCCCCUUUGGUGGGAAACCUUAGAAAUGGACACUGGCGGGUUUGAGUCCUCCCCGAGGAUGCGCUGUCAGGGCUGACCCAGGUGGGUCAGAGGGACGGUGCACCGGUGCUGGGGCUGGUGUGGGGCUGCCCAUCCCUGGCCAUGAGGUCUGAAGGGAAGGAGAGGCAGGCCCACUGCCCUCGGCUGUCCUGGCCGGCGGUCCCUGGGCCCCGGCCGUCCCCAGAUGGGUCCCUAGACUGUGGACCUGGCUACUUUCCAGCCCCAUGCUGACCUCUUCCUCCCCUGCACGGUGCCCGGAGGUCCUGGUCAUCACGCCACAUUUACAUGGGGAAACCGAGGCUUGGACGGUUGGCAGGCCCACCUGCAAAGCACAGAGAGGGAACCUGUGGCGCAUCCGAUCCAAAAGCCAAAGCGUCUGCAGGCAGAUGCGAGUCUCCAGAAUCAGAUGGAGAACGCUGCAGAGAGCAAGCCUGUUCCAGGGGCCCCCAGGGGCCACCCCGUGGGACCUCGCCCAGCCCACCAGGAACACAGGGAGGGGACACCGAGGCCAGAACAGGCCCAGGGCAGCAGGCAGGCAAGGCUGCGUCUCGGGGUCACCUGCAUUCCCGGAAAGCAGGCCCGACUUCCUUCCUCCCCCAGGGGAGGAAGAGGGAUCGGCUGUCAAUCGUCCAGGCCGUGGCCACAAAGAGCCCCCCUACUUCAGCCCAGGGGAUGCCCAGACCCCCCAGCCCAACCCCCUGAGCUGGCCCAGGCCAGGCCCAGCCCCUGGUCCCCUGCGGCCACUGCAGGCUGUUCUCCGGGACCCUCUGCUGGUGGGACCCGGAGGUGCCCACUGGGAUCGAGCUGGGCCGGAGAGGUCCCCUGGCUCCCAGGACCUGUGCGUCCAGCCCGGCUUGGGAUGCUGUGUCCGUCCCACCUGCAGCAGAGGCGACCCUCCACCCCACCCCAGCCUGGGGCCCCUGACUGCUGUGCCGCACUGACCCCACCCCCGUUCCGAGGCCCCUGUGGCCUGCAGAGGGCCCCGCCGGGGAAAGCCCAGGACCCUGCCUCAGACCCAGAGCACCCCCUCCCCGAGGGCGCCCUGGACCCUGCCCGGGGCCAGCCGGCCGCAGACCCCAGCCCCGCCCCUGCCUGUAGCUGGGGGCUUCCUCGGUGUCCCUGUGGCCCCAGUCGUGGCCACAGCAGGCCAAGGGGUCAGCGUCCAGGGCACGGUGAGCUUGGUGUGAGCGCGGCAGACGCUUGCUGGGGCACCAGGGCCGAGCCUCCUGGGGUCUGGGACCUGCCACGGCCCUGGAAGUGCUUUUCCGACGGCCUCUGAGACUGUGCCUCGACAUGGCUGCCCCUCACCAGCAUCCGCUGCCCCUCACCAGUGCCUGCUGCCCCUCACCAGUGCCUGCACAGGGUCCCACCGCCAGGGCCGGGCAGCUGGGAACAGGCUCGUGAUGGUCCUGCGGGGCCUGGCACAGCACACACACGGAGAGGCUGACGUGGGUUCCGGGUGCUGCCAGCACGGUCUGCGGCUCUCGCUGUUACUCCAAUGCGGAUUCAAGGGUUUCUAUCCACCCGACAGUCUCCUAAACUCCAGCCCACGGGAGGUGAUGGGACCUGACACAAGUCCCUCCCUCGUUCAGAGGAGCUCCUGGGACCUGGCUGAGCUGGAGCCGAGGGCAACCUGCCCACCUGCGGCCCCGCGGCCCUCCGUGCUGCGCCAAGACCCCGCCGAGAUCCGGCCAGGUCCCGAGUGGAGGGGAGCAGGGGCCACCGGACAAACCUCCUCCCUCGUCCGCCUGUCCCCACGGCGGGUGGCAGGAGAGCAGGCAGUGCCCGCGGAGGACAGGGAACGGACAGCCAUGGCCCUCGGGCCCACCCAGCUGCUCUGUCACUGCCGCCCCCACCCCCCCCCCGGGGAGCCACCUCGACGUUCGUCCUUCAAGGAGAGCCGCAAGCCAACUCCGGAGGUGUGGUCAGCGCCGGCGCAGGCUCUGAGCUCGGCUGCAACAGCGCCAGCCGCCCACUGUCCCCGGUUAGGGGGAACCCACACUUCCCAUUCUGCCUGGGACCGUCCCACUGCCCCGUGUCCCCUUCCUGCUCUCCGGGACGGGGGCACGAGCCGAGGCUGCAGCCGGAUCCCCGGGGCCUCCCCGUCAAACGCGCUUCACCUCCGCCUCCACCUUCGUCCCACUCGGCCUGGGGGUGCUGGCGAGACCAUCGCCGAGGCCCUUGAAUCCCGAGGUGACACCGAGGCCCGAGCCGCUGAGAACCGAGAGGAAGCCGGCAUCCGCCCCUCUGUGGACGUCUCACACUGACCUUAUUUUUUAAUGGAAAAAAACCCUGCCGGGAAUCCACGCCAUCUUUAGCAGAGGCGCCCCGUCGAGGCGAACGGCUGCCCACCCGCCUGGCUCAGAAGGGGCUGAGCACUUCUCCGGCAUCUUCCUGUGGUCAGGGGCACGUCCAAGAGACCCGACAGGAGGCAGAGGCUGAGAAACCAGGC